CCUUUCUCUCACCUCUUUCCUUCCAGAUCAUAUCCAGCAAGUCUACGAGAGCUUUUCAGAUGGAGGGAGCAACACAAAGAAAGAGAUAAAAAGAAUCAUUAUUCUAGAGAGACCUGGCAUAAUCCCGUUUACAAGUGGUCACAGAAAUAUAGAGGAAGGAGUUCAUAAUUUUACAGUAACAUACAUACAGAUACACCAAAGGCAAUACCAUCUCUGGCUACCGCUCCUGGCUCAAAAUGCUGUUUACUCUAGGACUUCUCCUCCUUCUCACCCCAUUUCCCUCCUUUCAAUCCACGACCAAUGAGAGGAGAAACUCGACAGGAAGUGACGUGACCAAACCCAAUGCCGCUUUCACCCUGUCAAAACCAAAAACCACUGCUGCUCUCGCCAAACAAACCGUUCGCCCAACCCUAAAGCCAAACACAGUCAAUCAGACAGCUUUACCCACUCCAGCAACCACCAAAAGCAAGCCCGGCCCAGCAGUAAUUCAAACCACUCCGUCAGCAGCAGUAAAGACUACUACAGUCACUGGCACCAUCCCCAACAAAGACAAGCACACAGUCUCAGUCAAUCAAACUGUUUUAGCUAAAUCCCCUUCAGCUAGUGAAGCGAAGUCUACCAAAGACAAGCCUGCCCCCACUGGAGCUCCAAAUGUUCAGUCAGCCUCCACAAAGUCUGCUUCAGCUAAAGCCACCAAAGACAAACUCCAACCUGCGAUCAAUCAGACUAUUUCAAUGAAAUCUCCUUCAACCAGUGAUGGGAAGACUGCCAAAGACAAGCCUGCCCCCACUGUAGGUCAAAAUGUUCAGUCAAUAUCUCCAAAGUCUGCUCCUGCCAGUGGCGCUAAGACCACCAAAAACAAGCCCACAGCUUCCGUCAAUCAGACUGUUGUAGCAAAAUCUACCUCCACCAGUGAUGUAAAGAACUCCAAAGACAAGGCAGCCCCCACAGUAGUUCAAACUGCUCUGUCAACACCAGCAAAGGCCACUACAGAUGGUGGUCCUGCAGCUGAUAAAGAGAGGGUCACACCCUCUACCAAUCAGACCACUGUAAUCAAAGCUCCCAAAGAAAAGCCUGCCCCAACACAGCCAAUCAAGGUGGUCAUCAGUGAUGGCUGUGACUCAAGCAGCACCAAGGAGCAGGAGCUGAAGCUGAAGCCUGGAGCUCCUCUUGUGAUGACUCAUAAGAUCAGCUUGUUGCCCGGCAGCUGCACUGGGGGAUGUGAGUCUGAGAUGGCUACACUGAAAGGACGUGUGGCUCGACUGGAAAGAGAGAUGUCCUCCCUAAAAGAGAAAUGUCCAUGUUCUGCAAAUUGUCCAAAUGACUGUAGUGGCAAUGGGGAAUGUCAGAAGGGGAAAUGUAUCUGCCAAGAGGGAUUCACGGGUCCAGACUGCAGUAAGUGUGCACAAGGAGCUGAGUGUAAUAAAAAAGCUGCCAAGGGAAAGGUCAAGGUAACAGUGGAAACAGUGACCCUGCAAGUGAAUAAAGACAAGGAAAAUGUGCAGGGGAAAACCGCCAAAGUAGAGCAAACACUCUUCCAGAAAAAGGAGCAGAAGAAGGGGUCUGAAGCCAAAGACACUGACGCUAAACCCAAAGUGGCUACUAAUGCUAAAGCAGGUCUUGUUAAAACAGAAUCAAAACAAGAAGCUUCUGUUAAGAAAAUAACUGUUAAAGACUCUUCAAGCGCCAAAAAGAUCAGUCGUCCAACUGUUGCUCAAGUUCUGUUGAAACAUGAGGGAAGAAAGCAAGAAGAGGCCCGGAAAGGCAAAACAACAGUCAUGACCUCUAAAAAGGUCCUCCAAAAAAAUGAUGUCAAACUUGUUAAGGAAACAAUUACCAGUAAAACAUAUCCCAAAUCUGACCAACUAAAAGAUGAACCUCAAACCAAUGUGACCCAAAGUAACGUGAAGAAAUCUAAUGGCACAGCUAAAAUUGUGACAGUUCUGUCAAAGGUCAUGGGAACAAACAAAACCAGAGCAGGAAAGACCAUUGAGCAGUCCACACUGGCUGAGAAGAACGUCACUCAGUCAUCUGGACAGAAACAAAUCAAGAAGGUCAAAGUAGACAAUACAAAUGUGCAAUCUGUUGACAGCAGAAACACUGAAGCUGGAAAGACUGGAAAAGAGAAACAGAGGAGUCAGUAUUUAGUGAAUGCAACCAUUGCAGCAACGUCAGGCGAGGCUCGAGUUCUGCAGAACAAAACAACUAUCCAUGGCUCUGGGAGUGCAAAGAGGAUGGGAGGGUCUGGAUUAGGUUCUGUAAAAGUUGUAAACAUCUCUUCCUACAGCUUCACUGUCACAUGGUCAGCUCCACAAGGGAUGUUCAAGAACUUCACUGUGAUCAGAAGAGAACCACGGACAGGGGAUGACGAAGACGACCACGAGGAGUUCGAAGAGGAAGCUCUUGAAGGGGACAAGACCUCCACAGCUAAGAACACAACUGUGGUCCAGGUACAGAGCGAGAGCACCAACACAACUGUCACCUCUGGUAAAGCUGUAGCAUCUAGAGGCAAAGCUGAAACCAAGAGGAUCUCCAUGGUAGUCCCUGGCAGCGUACGCUCUGUGGAGUUCAGUAACCUUCGGGCAAACACAGGCUAUGUCCUGCACAUUUAUGGUGCUGCAGCUGAGAGAAGAUCAAAGAUUCACAGAGUAACUGCAAUUACAGGUCCUGAGCCAGCCACAGAGAUGGUUUUCAGCAAUGUAACAGAGUCUUCUUUCACUGUUUCCUGGUCCAAACCAAAGACCCCAUUCACAGGCUUCAGGGUCACAUAUACCAACAUUAUCACAGGGGAGAACCGCUUUGUGACUGUGGACUCUCAGCAAUCUUACGUGGUUCUGUCCAAGUUGUCAGCUGGAUCCUCCUACAUUGUCACUGUAACUGCUAAACAAGGCAGAGCCCAGAGUGAUGCCCUCACAUCCAUUAUCACCACGGUGCCUGCCCCUCCAACACAUCUGCAAGUUGUCAAUGUGACAGAUACCAGAGCUGUGCUGCAAUGGACACCCAGUCUGGGAAAAGUAGACCGCUUCAUCAUUAGCUAUGAGUCCUCCAAGACUCCUAAUGUGACAGUGACAGUGAUGCUGUCUGGAAACUCAGUGGAACACCAGCUGAGGGGCCUGCAGAGAGGCACCUUGUACACAGUCAAAGUCCUGAGCCAGAAGGACAGUCUCCAGAGUAUGGCCAUCUCAACUACAUUCACUACUGCUAAUGUGGUUAAAGCCAGUGAGGUGGGGGCUCGAUCUGCAGUGAUAGCAUGGAAAACUUCCACUGUUGUUUAUCACAGCUACAGACUGAUCUACCAGGUGGCAGGAGAGGAGGCAAAGGAGGUAAUCCUGGAUUCGUCAGUCACAGAGUAUAAACUGACAGGACUGUUGUCAAUGUCACGCUAUAUUGUGUUGGUACAAGGAGAGAGAGAUGGACACUACACAUCUCUUGUUACCACAGAAUUCAUCACAGGCAAACUGCGCUUCCCUUUCCCUACUGAGUGCUCUCAGGAGCUGCUGAACGGAGCUCUGCAGUCAGGAGAGGUGGAUAUCUUCCCGCAAGGUAAAGAGGGACAGGCGGUCAGAGUCUACUGUGACAUGGAGACUGAUGGAGGUGGCUGGACGGUGUUCCAGAGGAGGAUGAAUGGCAAGACGGAUUUCUACAGAACCUGGAGUGAAUACAGCGCUGGUUUUGGAAACCUCAGCGAAGAGUUCUGGCUCGGAAAUGAGCUUCUUCACAACCUGACCAGUGUCGGCCCCGUGAGUUUGAGAGUGGAUAUGAGAUCUGGAAAUGAAACCGCUUACGCCCACUACGCCAACUUCUCCAUUGAUUCAGUAGAGAGGAAGUAUGCUCUUACAGUGUCUGGCUACACUGGAACUGCAGGUGAUUCUAUGAGGUAUCAUAAUGGGCGCCCAUUCUCAACCCGAGACAAAGACACUGAUCCUCUGGGGAUCCACUGUGCAAGGGCCUACAUGGGAGGAUGGUGGUACAAGAACUGCUACAAGACCAACCUCAAUGGUCUUUUUGGCAUCAACAGUAAUAAUCAGGGAAUAGUCUGGAUAGACUGGAAAGGUAAAGACGCCUCCAUUCCCUUCACUGAGAUGAAGUUCAGACCAUCCAGGUUCUCUCCUGCCACUCAUGGCUAAAUCAGUCUUCAUGGGUUCUCUAACCUAAAAACCUUACAUCUGACACAGAAUUACAUUACGGCUCCACAAAUCCAGAAGACAGUGGAUCUCACAGUUGCUGCAUGUCACUUUGCAACUGAAAUUACAUGUACAGUGGUUUUGAUAGCUAUAAUGACAGCUAUCAGUGCAUUUGAUUCAAUGUGCAAGAAUUUUUUUCUGAUCUGUUUUUCUGGAAAUAUACCAAAAGAGUGGAGAAAUGUUUUAUUUCAACUUUUUGUAUACUGUUGUACUGUUCUACCUGACCCUUCCAUUUCAACAGUUUUGUUUUAACUCUAGUACCUUCUUGUGCACCACCACGGUAUGCCACCCCACUACUACUGUAAUUAAAUAUGCACUGUCUCACUCCAUUGGAAUAAAUGUGGCUAAUGUGGGUCUGAA